UAGUUAUGUUUCGAAUUUAGACUUAGACAGUUCAAGUUUUUAUCCGGCAAAAUGUUACCCAUUGCUCUGUUAUGCGUAUUGGCCAUUUUCUUCCCAGUUUCACAAGGGAAUAAGUUUGAAGAUCUUUCAGAAAAAGAAGAUGUCUCUAAAGAUGACUUGAUGCUAUUAAAGGAAUUCAAAUUGAGAGAAAAAAGAGGAGUUUGUAAGGACGAAAGCGCAUACUGUGAUUCAUAUAAGAGUUACUGUAACGACCCGUUGUACAAAGAUUAUCUGAAGGAAAACUGCAAAAAGACCUGUAACUUGUGUGGAAAAGAAUGCGCUGACUUGAUGGACUGCGAAAUAUACAAAAACUAUUGCGAUCAUAAAGACUACAGUAAAUCAUUGAAAUAUUAUUGUAGAGCAAGUUGCGGUUUUUGUAAAGUUCCAACACCCGCCCCGCCAGCAACAACUCGUCCACGGACGGACCAACCAAUUGAUCAAGGGAAUGUCGAGUGCGGCACAAGGAACUUAGGAAACAGAAUAGUUGGGGGCACUAAUGCUAAACCAGGGGCUUGGCCGUGGCAAGUAACAAUGGACUAUAAGGGACAUGCUGAGAAACCCCACUGGUGCGGAGGCUCAAUUGUGUCGCCUCAGUGGGUUGUGUCAGCGGCUCACUGUUUCGCGUAUGGCGAUGAUCCUAAUCAGUAUACUAUCGUAGCAGGGGAUCAUGAUCUGAACGGGAAAGAGGGAUAUGAGCAAAACAUUCCAAUCGAAAAAAUCAUCAAGCAUCCGAGCUACGCUCCGCAUCAAAACGAGGACUACGACUUGGCUCUUAUUAAGCUCCAGUCUCCACUCACUUACAAUAGACGCGUGAGGCCUGUGUGCUUGCCUAAGUUUGACUUUGGCGUUGGAACCCAAUGUUUCGUCACAGGCUGGGGCCAUACGAAAGAAGGAGGGGACAUCCCGCAGAUUCUACAACAAGCUAAAGUACCUCUAAUCUCAAGAGACUCUUGCCAAUCCGCCUAUCAAGACUUGGGCUAUACUAUUUCACCGCGCAUGCGCUGUGCAGGGUACGCCAAAGGAGGGAUUGACGCUUGCCAAGGAGAUAGUGGAGGACCGCUGGUGUGCUCUAAGAAUAAGAAGUGGUAUUUGAUAGGCGCGGUGAGCUGGGGAAUAGGCUGCGCGCGCAAGGGUCGAUACGGUGUGUACGCUGACAUGACGGAUCUGAAGUACUGGGUGCAAGACACAAUCAAUAAGAACUGACAUAUCUGAAGGUUUCCAGAAGUAGCAGUUGUUACAGAUAUUUAAAUGAGUUGAGCCACUGCUUACGUGAAACCAAAUUGAUUUACUCUUAGAACCACGUAAGUGUUACCUACUCCUGUCAGAGAAA